CAGCGCCCUCUUCCACUCUAAAUAGAAUUAGAGUCCAAUUCCAUUCAGCAUGGGAUCCAUCGUGGAGAACGGUUGGGUCUUGUCCCUCUCCUUAGCCGCCAAAUGCGGCGGAGCCGCCGCCGCCGCCGACUCCCCCCAUCUCCUCUUUCUCGCCGCGCUCUUUGUCCUCGCCGUCUCCGCCACCACCCUCCUCCACUGGGCCGCCCCCGGGGGCCCCGCCUGGGGUAGAUACUGGUCGAGCCAAAAAAGGCGGCGCAGCACCCCCGAAGCAAAACCGAUUCCCGGACCGAGAGGCCUCCCAAUUGUGGGCAGCAUCGGCCUGAUGUCCGGCCUGUCCCACCGCAAGCUCGCCGCCGCCGCCGAUGCCUUCGCCGCCAGGCGUCUCAUGGCGAUCAGCGUCGGCGAGACCCGCGUCGUCGUCACCGCCGAUCCCAACGUCGCACGGGAGAUCCUCUCCAGCAUGGCGUUCGCCGACCGGCCGGUGAAGGAAUCGGCCUACGGCCUCAUGUUCCGCCGCGCCAUCGGCUUCGCCCCCUACGGCCCCUACUGGCGCUCGCUCCGUCGCAUCGCUGCGGCCCACCUCUUCUCCCCGAGCCAAAUUGCCGCCUUCGCCGACCGCCGAUCCGCCAUCGCCGCGCAAAUGGUGGCGGCGCUUAAAUCCGCCGCCGCCGCCGCCGCAAGGGGCGGCCGCGUCGAAGUGCGCGGCGUCCUAAAGGCGGCAUCUCUGAGCCACAUGAUGUGGAUAGUCUUCGGAAAAAAGUACGAUCUUAAUAUGGACAAUAAGACCACCUGGUGUGAAGAGAUGCAGGAGUUGAGAUUCAUGGUGGACGAAGGAUACCAACUCCUGGGCACACUCAACUGGUCUGACCAUUUACCUGCACUAGCUGGUUUCGACCCGCAAAGGGUCCGGUCCCGGUGCGCCCGGCUCGUACCGAGAGUGAACCGGUUCAUGGGCCGGAUCAUAGACGAGUGCCGGUUCGGACCGGCUCGGGAUCCUGACACCGCCCCUGCCUUCGUCGACGUGCUCUUGUCCCUGCAGGACCGCGAACAGCUGUCCGACGAGGAUAUGCGCGCCGUCCUCUGGGAGAUGAUAUUUCGGGGCACGGACACGGUGGCGGUGCUCCUGGAGUGGGUGCUGGCGCGCGCGACACUGCACCGUGGCGUGCAGGUGCGGGCCCACGCCGAGCUCAACAGCGCGGCGACCGACCACCACCACCACCAUUUCCCCCUCCCCUACCUGCAGGCGAUCAUCAAGGAGACCCUCCGGCUCCACCCCCCAGGCCCACUCCUCUCCUGGGCCCGCCUCGCCACAUCGGACACCGUUCUCUCCGGCCGCCACGUGCCCGAGGGCACCACCGCCGUUGUCAACAUGUGGGCCAUCGCCCGUGACCCCGCCCUCUGGUCCCGCCCGGAGGAGUUCAGGCCCGACCGGUUCAUUGAACCAGAUGGAGAAGCGGUCGGGCUCUCAGUCUUCGGGUCGGACCUGCGGCUGGCGCCCUUCGGAUCGGGGCGGCGGAGCUGCCCCGGGAAGGGGCUGGCGAUGGCGGCCGUCGGGUCCUGGGCGGCGGUGCUGCUGCAUGAGUUCGAGUGGGCCCCAACUCCGGCUGCUCCUGUCGACCUCUCGGAGGUCAUGCGUCUUUCCCUCGAGAUGGCCGCGCCGCUCGCCGUCGAGCUGAGGCCGCGGCCGACGCAAAAAUGCAUAUAAAUGCAUAUACAUAUGUGUGUCUAUAUAUAUAUAUACAUAUGGAGUUUACUACGGAUAAUCUCAGAACCACAUGAAAAUUUAGUAUAACUAUUAAGUUUUUAGCUAUUGAAUGUACGUGCAUAUGCAUGCACAAUGGCUAAAAAUUUAGAGUUUCUAAAUUUUUGGUUCUUCUAAAAGUAUCCUAGCUAGUCUCACUAUAUACAUAUGUUCCUAUAACUUGUUUUAUCUUUCUCUUGAGUGUAAACUAAAUGUGCUAUAUAUGAUUUGUGCUAUAUGUUGAGGGUGUAUUUUAUUUAUAAUUUUUUUUUUCUUU